AUAUUUUUACCAACAAUUUAAUCUGGUUCGAGGGUCAGUUCUAGCAUUAUUGGAAUUGUAAAGGAUUCAAUACAAGGAGUUUUCUUUGACUGAAUGAUAAAAUGCUUCAUACUUUACAUUUUAAUUUUUAGGCUCUUUAUAUAGAGCUGUAUAUCUAUUUGUCUAGCUGGCAGUGCCACAUCACCUAGCUGUAACCGAUUGUCUAACAAACUUAAGUCAUGUCAGCAAAGACUACAAUUAACCUUCUAACUAAUAUUUCCUAAUUACAUUGAGCUAUUCUAUUAUACUCUAAUAGGUAUCAAAUGGUUUCAUCCCGGGAUCGAACUGCGGUUCUCCCUACCAAAUUCAGUGUCAAUCACCAUUGAACCAACUAAUUAUUUGUUAAAAAGAUUCACGGAUUGUUAAACAUCAUAAAACAAUAAAGUCAAAUGCAUCACGGACUAAAAUUGAAGGCUAUAAAGUUAAUGCCGUUAAAUAUGCUGUAGGAUAGGAUACCCCCCACCCCAACACACCACCCCCUUUUGGUGGUAGGUUUAAAUUAAUGGUAAUGUGAUAGGUUUAAAUUAGAUUUCAGUAAAGGGAAAGUAUAUAGUUAUUUCAUUUUGCUAAACCAUGCCUACUAACUCAUAUAACUUUGACUUUAAUUCAAGUAUGAAAUGCCCUUCCCAUUGAAUAUUGAUGUUAGUAAUUUUUCUUUUUAUGAUGAACAGAUGAUCUUAGCACUUAGCAUAUUAAGUAAUACAUUACAUAGUACAUUAUUUAUCUCUUAAAAAAAAUUAAUUAUCUCCGGUCUCAAAAUAAGCAACAAAAGAGAAAUAUAUUUAAUGGUCUAAAAUACAAACAAUAGUAUUAACUACUUCUACCUUAAUAAAAUUUAGCCGUUCAAAUAAAAAAAAAAACUACUUCUAAGUUCUACCUUAUCUGAUCGAUGAUAUUAUUUUUUAUUACCUUCAAUUAAUUUAAAUUUUAUUUUUAUUGUAGUAAUUUAUUGCAGGAAGUUGGUCUUAUUAAUUUUUCCUAUUUAUGGUCACCUAUAUAUAAUGUGUGGUAGUUGCAUAUCAUAAUUUGUUGACAAGUACAUUACAGUUCCCUUGCACCACACUCAAUUAUUAUUUUCACGAUCCGGAUCGCCUGCAAUAAAAGAAUCAUGUUGUUUCACACUAUAAUGAAUCGUAGCCAUUAAUAUUAGAUUGAUCGGUUCAUAUUAUAUCUACAUAAAAUCUGUAGAAAACAAUUUGAGCCAUUGAUUCGAAAUCAGACGGCUAUAAUGUAUAGUAGCACGCAGUACCUGCGUGUAAUUCUGUUCCUUAUUUUAAAGACGAAAAUCAUACUUUGUUCUUAUACUGAAAACUUAACUGCAUAUUUUCAGUUGAGGAGAGAAAUUUGUUAAAGAAAAAGCAUAUAGAGAAAUGGAAGAGUACAUUAAAAAGACAAUUUUUGUUGGAGUUUUUUCAUGGACAAUAACUUUUUUUCUAUUGAGGAAAAUCUUUCCAAAACGUUCAUUUGAUUUUUGCAAUAGGAUUGUUUCUACAAUUCAUGCAAUUUUAGCUGUAACAUUGGCUACUCUAUCUGUUCAAGAUUGGAAAUGUCCAAUAUGUCCUGUGGCCUCAAAAUCUUCCAACCGACAGAUGGAAGUUCUAGCAGUGAGCCUUUCAUAUCUAAUAUAUGAUAUGGUGUGUUGUUUAUUUGAUGAAAGAAUCAAUUGGGAUAACACUAUCCAUCAUUUGGUAAGCAUUGUUGGUCUCAUGGCAACUCUCUCCUAUCAAAAGAGUGGCUCAGAGCUAGUGGGGGCAUUAUGGGUAUCAGAAAUGUCAAGCCCAUUUUUGCAUUUGAGGGAGAUUCUAAAGGAGCUUGGUUACAAGGACACUCCCCUUAAUUUGUCUGCGGAUAUUUUAUUUGCUUCAAUAUUUACAUUUGCUAGGAUGAUGAUUGGACCAUAUAUCACAUACGUAACAGUAACUUCCAAUAAUCCAAUUCUCAUAAAGACUAUGGCAUUGGGUUUGCUGCUAGUAAGUGCAUUUUGGUUCUUCAAAAUAGUAAGAAUGAUGAAAUUCAAAUUAACAAAGAAGAAGUCAUCAACAUCCAAGAAUGGCAUCAAGCACACCAACAACAUCAAGAGAAAGACAGCUAACUAGCUCACAAUUUCAACAUAGCUAGCUAGUGAUCAAUCAUUAUUUAAGAAUUUAACUUUUUUUUUAAGAGAAAUGAUAUUUUAAUAUUCAUUUUUAUGUGUAUUUUUAAAAACAUAAUAUUGUUUAUUAGGAAGACAAGACACAAUUUCACUACAUGAUUAGCGAAUGAAUGUUGGGCCACCUCGAAUGGCAUGAACCACAUGCGAGGAGAUCUGCACAUACGGUUUUUAGGGCGAUCUGGUCGAAAGACCGGUCGGCCCCCACCCGACUAGAGGGACGGAGAAUUGCACUACUUUAAAGUUGUUAUUACUAAUUUAUCCAUCAUAUAUUUUCUAUAUUACCAUACGACCCUUGUGUGGUAGGGUUUCUACUUUCG